AUGGGCCAGUCGAACCAGACUCAACUCUCCGCUGCCGCGGAUGCUAGGCAGCGCAAGAAGGAUUCAGCUACUGCUGAGAGCCGUGGAAGCUUUCGACGGACGAUGCAGAUCACGGUUUCCCUCAGUUCACAAGUGGAACCGGGUUGGUACGACAAGUAUUGCGACGAAGAUGUUACCGGUGCACUUAAGGAUUCGUCCGGUUUCGACCGGGUCGCCAUCAAAAACAAGCAUACCACGUUAAAUGCAGCCUUCGGUAAAGCAGAUGCCAUUGCUUGCGCUACAGGAGGUGGUGACCGCGGUAAUGGAAUUACUCUUAAGGAGAAAAUCCUGAAAGUUCGUCCCUUUUACGACGAGCUCGUGGUAUUCUUUAAGGAUAAACACAACAUGCGUCCUCCUGUUCUCCUCGAUAAGGACAAAGGUUUGGUGCAGUCCACAUACCCCGACGAGUUUAUCGAGGAUGUCGAAGAAGUCGACAUGCACCCUAACGACAACACCGGUCACCAUCAGACGCCUGCAUUUACUCUAAUCAAUGUGGACGAUGGCGCCACUGACGAGCAUGAAGAGACCAAUCUACUGGUGGCCCACCCUAGCGCUGCUGCCUGCGCGGUACACAAGAGUCUUUAA